ACCCAUCCGCAAGCGAUAAAAGGGUGUUGUAAGCAUCUCUCUCUCUCUCCCUUCCCGCGGGGGUUGCUUGCUGUUUUGCGGUUCUUUUGCGGGUUUUGUUUUUAUCCGGUGUGUGCUCCCCUCCUUGUUCUCCCACUGUGCAUGUGUGUGUGUGUAUGGGUGGUGUGCGGGCACGUGAAUGUUUGCUCCACCGGAGCACACUAAAACCGGGUGACCCACGGCUUUCGAGCGGAUGCGUGUAUGUGUGCGCCGUCCCCUGAGGGAAGGAAACAGCAUCGGCGCAGCGUUAUUCGAGAAGCGCACAGUGCGCGUGUUUUCGUGGAGUAAAAACAUUCGUCAAACAACGGCGCAGAGUUUCACACGCGGUUUCGUUCGAUCAGUGUGUUUUUAGGUGAGCAGAGAUACCUUCGUCUUCCAGUGUGUAGCGAUAGUGAGAUCACAACAGCAUUGGCGUAGUGAACUGCGUCAUCGUCGUGCGUGUUUGCAUUGGUUGCGUUGCGGAAGGUUUGAUGUUGUUGGAUUCGUGCGUGUAAAACGGUCCCAACGGCGUGGUAAUUGUGACACCGAAAAGAGCUUAUCACACGCGUGUGUAUUGAUUGCAAUCGUAGGGAAGGUUUUACGGUUCGAGGGAGGGAAAGAAACAGUGAGAAAGCAACGUAACAGAGCACGGCGGGUAAAGAGAACAACGGUAAACAUUUGGUGUAAACUGUACGCUGGUUCGACGCACGCUGCCGCGUACGAUAACAUCUAGUACUCCACCAAAUUCAGCAGUGCGGAGAGAAAAAACGCUUAAAACUAGCGGCUGAGCAGAGAAUUAUUAAAGAAUUUGGUGGUUCGAGAAAAGAUUCGUGCAAUUCGUGUUUUCUGUAAUAAGGAGUAUCCGUAACGGGCAGGCAGCAUGGCAAACAACGUGGCCGGGCAGCUGUUGGUGUACGCGCUGCUGCUCUUCUUCAUGGUGGUCGUAGUGUUCCUGUCCUACGCAAUGAUUCUGCACACCGAGCAGACGCAGAUGUGGAGCACCAUCAAGGAUCGCGGCGCAAUGCGUACCAUGCCGAACGGUACCACCAACUACUGGUACUACAUUGUACGAGACAUGGACAAGAUACGCAACAUGACGGACAUACUGCACAUGGAUCGCUCUACGCACAUCGUCCCUUCGCCGGCCGGUUUCAGAGUGUUCGGGAAGGACUUUGAGAUACACUUCGAUCGGAUCAAUGUAACGAAUGGUGCCGGCGGGGACGACAGCUCGCACCCGCAGGAAGACUACACACCAACGCUCGUGAAACGAAAGACGUACGUCUGGGAGAUAACCAGACGCCAGCCAACGGCCAACAUUACCGUGCCGGUGUUUCUGGGGAAGCACGAAAAGCAAAGCAUACCACCGUUCCAAAAUGCCAUUUCACCACGGGAUUCUGACACUCAAAAAGAUUAGCCCCCGGGGCUGCUGCUUCCUCAUUCCACAUAAAGUGUGCAUAGGGUCAACAUGUAAACAGCUAGAAAAGACCACUGUUUAACGAUAGGUUCCAACUGUUUGGCACGUGAGUAAGGUAGAGCAAAAUUGAUAUCGGCCAUAGAAGGCGUUUUGUGAAUUGACCUUUUUCUUUUAUUCAAUAGAAAGAUAACCAGACAGAUCAUCAGAUCAAUAGAACUAAGUUAAGAAGUUACUAAUCAGCUAUAUGGAUUUUGAAAAACUUAUCGUUAAACUUUUACUACAUAAAGUACGUAAACUUUGACUUCUUGGACGUAGUACAGUCAGAUCUGUACGCCCUCUCAAUUUCGAGAGCGAGCAAGAAGUAAAAUAUAUUAGUUAAGUAAUUUUGUACAUCUAUCCUGAAUUUAUACACCAUAUUGUGUAGUGACACAGUAAAGCAGUAUCCAUGAAAGGCAUUUAUUGCAUGCUUAAAAUACGUACGUUACGCAAAAACGAAAUAAUAAUAUACAAAUGGAGAGGGCUUACGAAAUAUAAUUAGAAAUUAAGCGAUGUAUAUGGCUGGCAAUUAUCAUUAGAAAUGACAGAUUUGUGAUGAAUUUGAAAAAUAAAGAAUUGUGGUUCCCUUCUUGAUCAUUCA